CUCUAUUGGGCUGCGCACACGCAUUGAGUGGUCCCUUGCGUACACGAUGGAGGCAAACGGUACAUCGUUUUUAGACAGAGUGCUCAAUUUAGUUAAAGAGGACCGGUCUGAAAGUGUGCCACUCAUACAAUUCAAACAUCCGAAGGACUUGGAGGCAAUUUUAGAUUUGGACGUGACAAAAGGCGUUAAUGACAAAGAUCUGGAGAAAUGUGUUCGCGAAGUGUUGAAGUACAGCGUGAAGACACAUAAGGGUACGUUCAAGAACCAGCUGUUCUGUGCCACAGAUCCUUAUGGGCUGGCCGGAGCGUGGCUUUCAGAGGCCUGUAAUACAAGUCAGUAUACUUUCGAAGUGGGUCCAGUCUUCACACUAAUAGAAUUGAAACUUCUGAACCAUAUCCUCAAACUCUUCGGUAUUCCCAAUGGAGAUGGUAUCUUCAGCCCUGGAGGUAGUAUCUCCAUGCUGUACGGGAUUGUCGCUGCACGGUACAAGGCAUUCCCAGAAAUCAAAACGAAAGGCAUGAGGAGUCUACCAGAGUUGGUUAUUUUUACUUCUCAAGAUAGCCACUACUCGAUUAAGAAGGCAGCUCAUUGGCUAGGUUUUGGUACAGACAGCAUCAGAAUCAUACCCACCAAUAACCAUGGUCAGAUGCUGGUCGACAAACUGGACGAAGCCAUCCAGAUUGAGAGGGACCUCGGUAGAUGUCCACUCUUCGUGAAUGGUACAGCCGGCACAACGGUAUUGGGUGCUAUUGACGAUUUGGAAGCGAUUGCUGAUGUCUGCAAGAAACAUGGAGUUUGGAUGCAUGUUGAUGGCUGUUGGGGUGGAAGUUUGAUGCUGUCACCUAAAUAUAGGAACAAACUGAAAGGCGUUGAACGAGCGAAUUCAAUAGCCUGGAACCCCCACAAAAUGAUGGGAGCUCCUCUGCAGUGUUCUGUGUUCAUGGUGCGAGAUAAGGGGUUACUCCACGAAGCAAACUGCGCAGCCGCACAGUAUUUGUUCGCACAGGACAAGUUUUACGAUGUGUCCUACGAUACUGGGGAUAAGAGCGUGCAAUGUGGGAGGAAGAUAGACUCGUUUAAGUUAUGGAUGAUGUGGAAAGCGCGAGGUGACCUUGGGCUCAGUGAACUAGCUGAUAGGACAAUGACAACAGCACAGUUCUGCAUAGAGGCCGUAGCAAAUCGGCCCGGGUUCAAACUGGUGUCGGAUGUACUACAAUGUCCCAAUGUGUGCUUCUGGUACAUUCCUACCUUCAUGAGGGGCAAACCUGAAGAUGGGCAGUGGUGGGAGAUUAUGCAUAAGAUAACUCCAAAGAUUAAGGAGCUCCUAAUCCUGAACUCUCAGCUGAUGGUAGCCUAUUCUCCACUGCAGCAUCACAAGAACUUCUUCCGUCUCGCCUUCACCUUCCACCCGGAGAUAGACAGUCACCAAGUUGUUCAGAUGCUGAAUUCUAUUGAGCAGUGCGGUGAGACAGUUACCAUGGAGAUGUUGACCUAGAAUGGUCCUGAUGUUAUACUGGAAAUUAAUUACGCAAACCUAUCUCUACAAAUAAUAUUACAAAGCUAGAGUUUCUUUGUCUAAACGCCUAUAUAUUCAACAGUAGGUACGGUUUAAAAUUGAAAAUUAAAAUUGAUACAUUAUGUAUUUUUUUUAAUAGCUAUCGUGUGACUUUUUUUAAAAAUAACGACUCGCGUAAAUUUAUUGAGGAAAGCUCUACUGUUAAAAGUCAUGCCAGGACUUCUUGAGCAGCGUGCUCAUCUUGGCGACGUCGCGGACCUGACAAUAUUUUUUCUUUUUGUAUUGGUUAGUCCAUUUGAUAAGGAAUUUUUAGACCGAAAUCUAGUAAUAAAAUAGUACAAGAGUCUGACACUCCCUCUCGCUUUACCCUAGGCGAGAAUUGUUUAUUUACCCUAAAAAAACGCAGCCCAUCUAACUGUAAUUUAUAAUGUUAUUCAUGAAAGGGAUAGCUCAUCAAAAAGUAAAUCACUAUAUUAUUAGUACUGUAAUUUGACCUACCUAACAAUGUGAUUACUGGUUAUUUUGUUACCAAUACUUUUAAUCAUCUUUUAGAACAACUAGUGGAUUUUUUUAUUAUGUCAUAACAAUACCCAGGGUUCAUAAAAUCUAG